CUUGGUUUGGCGCUACCUUCCUCGGUUUCAAACUCUUGUUCGUCGCGGGCCAUUGAGCCUCGUCCUAUUCGACCACCCGACCCAAUGGUGGCAUUUUUUCCACGGCAUGCUUGCCACCCCCUAUGGCUUGUCUAAGGGCAUGUUUUCCCACACUGAACGGCCAGCAUUCCCAUGGCCGACCCUACUCUCGUUGAAAAAGGCCUGCAGCUAUCGCCGUUCUUGUGGGGACUGUCCCGUACAAGUCUGGUCAACGGCUGAAAAGUGAAGAUCCCGAACCAACUGAGACAAGAUGGGGACUACGAUGCAUCCCUCAUCGAGUACUACCACCCUCUUGGAAGAUGCCAAAGACAUCAAAUGGAUCCAAAAGCCCAGCUAUUCUUCUGUUCAAUCUUUUUCUCGGCGUGUUCGUACUCUUCUCAUCAUGUUGCUGCUGUCUUUCGUUUUUCUUACGGCCCUGGUGUUAGCCCUGGCCGCGCCCCAACACAAACGGCAGGUCACCGGUCCGGUUAUUGGCUCUAACUUCCAGGACCCGUCCGUGGUUCAAUUGGCCGAUGGGAGCUGGAUGGCCUAUGCUGGUGUCAAUGGGAACCCAGCCGGCAUUAAUGUUCUGAUUGCAACUUCGACCGACUUUUCCACAUGGACGGUUCGAGACGGCUGGGACGCUUUGCCCAGCCUGCCAUCAUGGGCUGCAUCACCGCCUCACGUUUGGGCUCCUGAUGUGACACAACUGGGGAAUGGCAAUUUUGUGCUUUACUAUUCGGUCUCCAUGGCCGAAAGCCCGGGAAAGCACUGUGUCGCAGCAGCCAUCGCUUCAAACCCAGAAGGACCAUUUACACCAGUCCAGACACCACUGUCCUGUGACUUGAAUGCCGGCGGGGCCAUCGAUGCGGAUGGUUUUCAGGAUCCCAUCACGAGUCGCCAAUAUGUCAUCUACAAGGUCGAUGGCAAUUCGGUCGGCAAUGGAGGUGCUUGCGCAAACAGCGUCAACCCCAUCGCCCCGACGCCGCUGGUUUUGCAAGAAGUAAACCCCAAUGACGGUUACUCCUUCAUCGGCACUCCACUCGCUGUCCUGCUGAAUGAUUCGGACGAUGGACCGAAUAUUGAGGCUCCCUCAUUAACCUACGACGCGUCGUCGGGGACUUAUAUUCUCUUCUACAGCUCUCAAUGCUUCACCACAACUCCCUACAACAUCCGUUAUGCCACGAGCAAAAGCAUCACCGGACCUUAUACGAAGCAACCCAAUUCGUUUCUGCAAACUGGCAGUACCCCAGCGCAGGUGUAUAUUCCCGGCGGCAUUGACAUUACACAGGAUGGUAAAUUGGCGGUAUUUCAUGGCGAUCUGAACAUGGGUUGGUUUCAGAACGAUGGCAGCAAAAGGGUGCGCGCUAUGUACGCGAUGGCUCUUCAGGUAAAUGGCGGAAACGCAAGGGUAGGACGACUAUAUUGAUUUUGAGGUUGAAACCGGGAUUUAAAGGGAGGCGCACCCUGGUUCUAG